AUGGCAGAUGGGCUCAACAAACCAAGACAUAUCACUGCCUUGUGUAGAUUGGUUUCCAUGGACAAAAUUGAUGCCGUCCUUCGAACUGUCAUGUUCAUUCUCUAUGGCAAUCGGUACAAGAAUCAAGAAAAGCACUUGCUAUCAACCAUGUUUCAGGUCUAUCUUUGA